UCCCGCUUCUCUCUGUCCGUUGCGUGAAGUGAGUCUGCGGUGUUUCGAUCACUUUUCGGCGUGAUCUGCUCGCCACCUCAUGUUCAAACUCAUGACACAUCCAUGUCCACUUUAUCUGUGCCGUCGUCAACGAGAACACGGCUUUCAUUGAAGUAGGGCAAACCCCACAGGCGAAAUGGGCAAGAAGGGAAGCACCCAGAUAGGGCAAAAGGGGACGCGUCAAAUAGCAAAGCACAAGAGGCGGCAAGUUCUGACAGACAUUGCCAAACGUGAAGAAUCGUCAUUCGCCAAAUUGGGACCCGAUGCGCUCCUACAACUCAAUCUACAUGCGACAUAUACCGUCCUGGCGCGUCCGAUCCCCAGAGUUCUGACUUUGUAUUCUCAUCCAGAGAACAAUGUAGCUCGAGGAGGCAGCUCUGACUCGGAGAGUGUAUCAAAGAAAACGAGCCGGUCGAGGCCCUUGCUGACGCUUCCAAAGAAGCCACGCUGGUCUCACGAACUCUCAGCUAAGGCUGUCCAAUCGAACGAAGCCGAGGCUUUUCGAAAUUGGCUUGAAAAGACCGACGAAGAGGUGCAAAGAUGCUUCAAAGAUGCGCUGACGGUGAAAGGGAAAGGCCGGGCAGCGGAACAUAAUGUAGACGACGAUGCUGCCACUCUUGCCGCUGCUGUCAUCCCCUCGCUGUUCGAACGCAAUCUCGAAGUCUACCAGCAGCUUUGGCGAGUGGUAGACCGCGUCCAGAUUCUCCUAGUGCUCCUAGAUACCCGCUGUCCCCCGAUCCACUUGCCGCCCUCGCUGGAAGAUUAUCUGUUUCGCCAAGGACAUACGAGGCGGCGACGCACCGUGCUCGUGCUUACCAAAGUGGACCUCGUCACUGCGGAUGUAGCGGCAGUGUGGCAAGCAUGGCUUAAGCAGAAAUACCCACAGUGGCAGGUCGUCCUCACCUCCAGCUAUGUUCAGAGAGAGGCUCACGAGGGACAAGGAUCUCGCAUACGGUUUCAAUCUUCAAUCAGCCCUGAAUCUCGAAUCGCCCUUAUCGACGCCAUACAAACAGCGUACAAUAAGCUUGUCGAACCGCCGGAACAUAUGUCGAAAGAUCCGGAUGCACUGCGCCGAUGGCAUCACGAACAGAGCAGCCAAGAUGAGGGCCGGCGUCUCGGAUCUAUCGACUGGGAUACCCUGCGUAAUCAGGCACAUGAAGAAACCAGGGCAGGAAUGGAGGGUGCACAAGCAUCUCGACACGUCUCGGACCCGGCUGUAUGUAAGGGGUGCGAUACAAGUGCGGCAGUUGGGCACCUGGGAGCGGACCUCUGCAUUGGACUGAUCGGACAGCCAAAUGUCGGAAAGUCCAGCUUGAUCAAUGCGCUUCUCGGCGUCCAAAAGGUGCGCGCGAGCAAGACGCCUGGAAAGACAAAGCACUACCAGACCCAUCUGCUGCUGGACUGCCCGCGACAGCAGCAAGCGUCUAUGUAUGGCCACCUGUCAUCGCGCGUCAUGCUAUGUGACUCACCUGGACUGGUGUUUCCUUCCCUUGUCGGUAUGGAGAUACAGGUGCUUUGCGGAAUCUUGCAGAUCUCGCAAGUCCAAGCUGCAGCUUCCUGCGUCGAGUACGCCGCGCACCGUCUGCCGCUUGAGGUAAUCUACCGGCUGAAAGGCGAAGGCAAGCGAGGUUCAGAAUCAGGGAAAGAUAACCCUUUGACGGCAAUUUAUGUGUUGGAAGCGCUUGCGACAAGAUACAACUUCAAGACUGCCAAAGCUGGGCGCGCAGACACCAACCGUGCAGCCAAUAUGGUUUUGCGCGCUUUGGCCGAAGGACGCAUUAAGUGGGCGUUCCGGCCGGCUCAUCCCACAUCGCAGGAAGACGAGAGUACCGAGCAAGGUAUCUGGCUUCGCUCCGACGCUGAUGUUGAAGAAGUUCAGGAGGGAGGAUUUUACGCCGAGGAUGCAGUACAGGAGAUCGAAGAAGCUAGCCACGACGAACACAUGCUUGCUUCCGAUGGUAAAGCCGUUCGCUUUAGCGAUGACGUGGGACACCGUACGCUAAGCGAAAUGGAGACUGGCGAGUCAGACCUGAGCGACGUGGAUGAAAAAGCUCAGGUGACAGCUUCAUUUCGGCCAGCGACGAGCAUGUUCGCAGCUCUGCAGGUGGAGCAUGCUGGGGAUGAAAGCUCUGCAGACGAAGGAGAUUGAUCGCAUACACGCAAUGUAGAUGCGACGUGGACGUAUGUGAACUAGGACGGAUCUUAUCUCUCGACUCUUUCCAUUCAACGACAGUGAUCGCUGACAUCAUCAGAGUCAAACGGCAUAGUCGGUGGUCGCUAUUGAGGCGCGCAACGGCUCUUCGCAUGGAUGUAGAUCAGAUG